ACAAAGACUUGAACUAAACGUAACCAUUUAAAUCACUUAAAUGAUUUAUAAUGAGAUUCUCUUAAUAUCACAAAAUAACUAUGGGCUGUCAAAUCCUUGCUUUACCUGAAUUAAAUAUAUACUCAUAAACCUCUCACUUUGACAGAUGGAGAUUUUCUAGGACUAGGAUUUGAAGUUUUCCUCAGACACUGUCCUUCCACCCACAGCUCCCAAAUCCCUCUCUUCUGUUUUCAUCUCCUGGAAUAAAAGCCCUGCCUUAUCAUGAAUUGACUCAAUUUCUCCUAAAUGAUCACAUUCUGCAGACUUGAUACAGUACGUCUCUGUUCUGCAUUCAUGGUCUGAUUUUCAGUGCCAAUUCUCUUUUGAAACCACAGUUACUUAGAAUUGGUUUCUUUUUUAUUGCAGGUGUUCUGCAUUUGAACAUGAAAUGUCAAUUAUGUUUCGAGUUUAGGACUGACUACUGCUCAGUCAUCUUUUUUUAAUUUAGGAACGCACCUUUUAAUCACAGACAAAGCCACCAACCCCUUGAAUAGACAGGAAGAUUGGGAGUAUAUCAUCGGCUUCUGUGAUCAGAUCAACAAAGAACUUGAAGGUCCACAGAUUGCUGUUAGAUUACUGGCUCAUAAAAUCCAGUCACCACAGGAAUGGGAGGCAGUCCAAGCCUUGACAGUGCUGGAAGCUUGUAUGAAGAACUGUGGGCGCAGAUUUCAUAGUGAAGUAGGGAAGUUUCGUUUUUUAAAUGAGCUAAUAAAAGUUGUAUCUCCCAAGUACUUGGGAGACAGAGUGUCAGAAAAGGUCAAAAUCAAAAUAAUUGAGCUGCUGUACAGCUGGACAGUUGCUUUGCCAGAUGAGUCCAAAAUCAAAGAUGCCUACUACAUGUUGAAAAGACAAGGCAUUGUCUUGUCUGAUCCUGUUAUUCCUGUGGAGAAAACCCUUAUUCCCUCUCCGCCACCUCGUCCCAAGAACCCCGUGUUUGAUGAUGAAGAGAAAUCCAAGCUUUUAGCUAAACUGUUGAAAAGCAAAAACCCAGAUGAUUUACAAGAAGCAAACAAGCUUAUUAAAUCUAUGGUGAAAGAGGAUGAGGCACGAAUACAGAAAGUAACAAAGCGCAUGCAUACUUUGGAGGAGGUGAACAACAAUGUGAAAUUGUUGAAUGAGAUGUUGAUCCACUACAGCAAAGAAGACUCUUCUGAGGCCGAUAAAGAGCUCAUGAAGGAGCUCUAUGACAGAUGUGAAACCAAGAGGCGAACAUUAUUCAAGCUUGCCAGUGAAACAGAAGAUAAUGACAACAGUUUGGGAGAUAUUCUUCAGGCUAGUGACAACUUAUCACGAGUAAUAAAUUCCUACAAAAAAAUUAUUGAAGGUCAAGUCAUCAAUGGUGAAGUAGAUCUUUCAAUGCUGCCUACAACAGAAGGAAGCAAUUCUGCCGAUAAUGUCAAUACCCUCAUUGAUUUGGGGGAAUUGGAGGUUUUGAAUGUGCCACCACAACCACCACCACCACCACCACCACUCCUUCCAUCAGCCUUGAGUGCAACACCAACCCUCACUCCAGCUCCAGCCUUAUCAGAAAUCCCCAUCCUCCCACCCCCGCCUCAGGCGACUGGUCACUCCCGGAGUCAUUCAAUCGGCCAUGCUGAAUCCAUUGCUACUCAGUCAACUAGUGCAGCCAAUUCCCUCUCUCUGCUUGAUGAGGAACUUCUGUGUUUAGGCCUCAAUGACCCUGCUCCAAGUGUAGUAAAAGAAUCAACUGAAAGCAAUCAGUGGAACCUGCUCCAGAAUGAGCCAGUAGAUCUGGACUUCUUGAAUCCAAAGCCAGUUUCUGUUCCUUGCAACUCUGCAGCGAACCCGCUUCUCUCGUCUGUGUCACAGCCCGGAUGUGGAGCAUCAGUACCUCUUCCUUCUACCUUCACAGCCCCUCAGCCUGUUUCCAGUAUCUCUGCUCCUACCUCAACCUCUUUCAUCUUCUCUACCGGACCUCCACUUGGCCCUUUAAGUACAAUGCCUGUAGCUUCAGGCUACUUUGGCUCAGCAUUGGGAACGAAUGAAUUGCACAAGAUAGACCCAUUAAAUCAUCUUCUAGAGGAAAACAAAGGGUCUUCAGCUCCAGCAGCCGUAACAGCCUCUACAGUCCCUGCUGCUACUUCUGCUCUUCUGGCCUCUGCUACAGGAUUGCCUCUGGCUGGUCCAGGAGUCCCUCCAGUUCCCUAUCCAGGAAGUCCCAUCUUCCAAUCAGCCCUAUUCCAGCAACAAGGAAGUCCCUUGAAAGGACCUGAGAUCUCCUUGGCCAAUGUCCAUGUUCCAUUGGAAUCAAUUAAGCCAAGUAGUGCUCUUCCGGUGACUGCUUACGACAAGAACGGUUUGCGUAUUCUGCUGCACUUUGCAAAGGAGUGUCCUCCCGGGCGGCCUGAUGUGUUGGUGGUGGUGGUAUCGAUGCUAAACACAGCACCUCUUCCUAUCAAGAAUAUUGUGCUACAAGCUGCGGUGCCAAAGUCCAUGAAAGUAAAGUUGCAGCCACCUUCAGGGACAGAGUUAGUUCCAUUCAAUCCCAUCAAGCCACCAGCUGCUAUUACCCAGGUCAUGUUGCUUGCAAAUCCUAGAAAGGAGAAAGUGAGGCUGAGGUAUCGACUGACUUUCACAUUGGGAGACACGCCCAGCACCGAAGUGGGGGAAGUAGACCAGUUUCCUCCAGUUGAUAAUUGGGGAAAGCUAUGACCCAGAGCUAUUUCAUGGGGACUGGAAUGAAUGCGACAUGACCAAGGCACCGGCGGUAUCAGUGAUAUUUAGCUUUGUUUACAUGUCCCGUCCACUCCACUUGUAGCCGUAGUCCAGGAUGUUUCCUGCACUCUGGGAUGACAGUCUGACGCGUAAAUGCCAAGUGUAAAUUUGUGGGAACAGCCAGGAACAGAGACCUGGUUGGUAUCUUUACCUUGGCCAAUCCAAUUCUAUCUUCCACUUCAUUAAAACUUGAAAUGUAAAUGUUCUAGAGAAUUUGAUAAGCAGAAAUUGAAUAUACUGGAACAUUAUUUCAGUUGGGCUAGAGGUCUACCAAGGGCUAUGAUGCCUUUGCAAAUUCUUUUGGGGUAGAGUCCUAAUGACCUUCCUGUACCCGAUUCUUUUUACCUCUGUGAGAUCAGAACUAGGAUAACCUUUAGGCUUGCUGAGCAAUAAGAUACAUUUCAAAAAAUGGUGGUUUUUGCCAUGAUCAAGCACUCCAUUUACAGAAUAUCUGUUCCAAGAGCCAGCAGAGCCCAUACAGAUAUUUUACACUUGCCACUUGAGAACAUCAACAACAUACAGGUCUCAAGUGGCUGCCUUCUAAUUUUAUACUUGUAGCUGAUUUGCUCGUGUGCUUUCCCGGUAACUGCUGAGUUUUGUAUGCACACAGCUCUAUGUUUUUCCUCUGCGUACACAAUUGUCUCAUUUUUGUGAGUUAGCUACAAUAAAGAUCCACAUAUAGUUUGUACACUGCUCAAGUGGGAAGCAUGGAGUGAUGGAAAUACAAAUAGUAUUGAGAAGGAGCAUCCAUUCAGGUGCAGUUGUUAACUGGGCUCAAAGGAGAAAGUGAGGGAGCGAAGGCACCAUUGUUAGUUAAAAGUAUAUGUAUAUUAAGCUAUAGGAAUGUACCAGAUCUGCAGACCAGGGAAAAGAGGAGCCAUGGCCAUGCAUGUGCAGGGCUGAUACACUCCAGUUUUAUUCUUUUUAGAUAAUAGGUGGGUAAGUGCAAUUGUCUAUAGGAAGCGAGAUCUUUUGUUGAGACAGGCAGGCUUUUCUAAACAGUGAUAGACACAAUACGGUUCAAAAGCCAUAGAGGGAAGUCAUUGCUUUGAGUAAUUACUUUCUCCUGUGUGUAACACAGUUUUGGUUUAACUAUGUGCUCAUCUGGAACAAAUCGUUUUGUUCUCUAGUGAAGAGAAGGUCCUGAAAAUCUACUCUAUGCUACACUAUAACCGAGGAUUUUUUUCUGUGGGAGUUUAAAAUUUUGCAAUUAAAAUUUUGGUAUUAAAGAGAAUGUGGGACGAUCAGACCUCCGUUAAAAUGGCUGUGACUUCUUUGCGUUAAGAUUCUGUAGACAAGAUACAGUUAACAGUCACAACAGAAAGAACCUCAUUGGCUUUUGAAGGGAUCCCGUUUCAAGUGUAUGAGGAGAUAGACCUUGAUUAGCCAAACUCAUGGUAUGAGGGCUGCAUUAAUUAUGUAAAGCUAAUGGGAACCCAGCAGUAUUUUUUUGCUCUUGAUCUCGUCCUAAUAUUAUAGUCUCCCUAUUAUCAGCGUUUUACUUAAGCUUCUAAGUCUGCCCCAGUGCCAUACUUAUUUGUACAGAGCAGAUUUCACUGUUAGAGAUGGUCUGCAAAUCACUCCGAGGAAACCACACACACACACAAAGCACAAGGGCUUUCUGCCAAAUUGCUUUCAUGCUAUUAGCAGUGCCACUCUGUCCAUGCUGUAUAAUCCAACAGAAAGAUCUCAUAAUCUCACUGUGUGGAAAUGUACUACAAGCUUUAGAAAUUAUUUAUGAAUGUUCCUGUUCAAAAGGUGAAGUUGCAGCUUUCUAUCAAACACUCAAGAUUGUAAAUAUAUCUCGGAAGCAUUUGUUAUUCUGCACGCUCAAUAAAAAUACUUUCUCUACUCUG